AUGGCGGAACAAAACCUAAACCAGAUCAUCUCCCAACUCAAGUCCUCCCCCCUCCCCUACCCCGAAGCCUCCUCCCUCCUCUCCCGCGCAAAGAUCCACCUCCUCCACCUCAACGCCCUCACCCCGACGCCGACCACCCCUUCCCACCUCCUCUCCGCCGCCCGCUCCCUCUACGAGCAGGGCGCCCUCGCCUCCAUCCGCGCCCGCGACGCCGCCGCCUUCUCGCGCUAUGUCCAGCAUCUCCAGCCCUUCUACGAUCUUCCCCCAUCCGUGCUUCCCCCGGAGCCCGCCGAGCGUAACAAGGUGACGGGUCUUUACCUGCUCCUCCUCCUUACCCAGGGCAAGUACGGCGCGUUCCAUACCGAGCUCGAGAGCUUAGCGAGCAGGGAGGGUGGUAGCGAUGAGACCGAUAAAUAUCUGGGCUAUCCCAUCCGCUUGGAGAGGUGGUUGAUGGAAGGUAGCUACGACCGCGUGUGGAAUGCCAUGCAGAGCCGCGAGGUACCAUGCGAAGAAUACAGCGUGUUCUCAGAGAUCCUGACGAGCCAAAUCCGCUCCGAAAUCGCCAGCAGCUCGGAGAGAGCUUAUCCCAACUUACCCCUGAGCUCCACGAAAUCUCUCCUCUUCCUCGACUCAGAAGGCGCCGUCAUCGACUUCGCUCGCGAGCGCGGCUGGGUCAUCCGCGACGGCCACAUUUACUUCCCCGACAGCGCGGAAACGACCAGUGAGCAGGAUGCCGCCCAGGACAAGGACUUCAGCAGGACUAUCAUAGAAAACACGCUCGGCUAUGCUCGCGAACUCGAGACUAUUGUCUAA